AUGAGCUCAGUGACUCAACUCUCAAAAUUUUCUUUGGCAGCCGAUUUCGAGCUUCUUUAAAUAAGUUUAUUCACGAUGGCUGAUCGUAAGGUGGAAUUGACGCAAAAGAUUGAAGAGCAAGGUUCCAAAGUACGCCAAUUGAAGGCCGAAGGAGCUGAAAAGACGGCAAUUGACGCUGAAGUCGCCGUCCUCAAAGGCUUGAAGCAGGAAUUGGCCGUCUUGGAAGGCACCGCCGGAGAAACGAAAUCCAAAGGCAAAGCUGGCAAGACUUCAUUUGUCCUCAAAACACCCAAGGGUACCAAAGAUUACAAUGACAAGGAUAUGGCCAUUCGUGAAAAGGUCUUUUCCACCAUCACCAAAGUGUUCAAGAAGCACGGUGCUGUGACCAUCGAUACCCCCGUCUUCGAACUCAAGGAAAUUUUGUCUGGCAAAUAUGGUGAAGACAGCAAAUUGAUCUAUGACUUGAAAGAUCAAGGUGGUGAAGAAUGUUCGCUUCGUUAUGAUUUGACGGUACCCUUUGCCCGAUUCUUGGCCAUGAAUGGCAAGGAGUAUCAAAACUUUAAGCGUUACCACAUUGCCAAGGUGUAUCGUCGUGAUCAACCGGCCAUGACCAAAGGUCGCAUGAGAGAAUUCUAUCAGUGCGAUUUCGAUAUUGCUGGUGUUUACGAUCCUAUGAUUCCCGAUGCCGAAAUUUUGCGUGUUCUGUGUGAAGCCUUGACCGCUUUGGACCUUGGCAAAUUCACGGUCAAGAUCAAUCACCGAAAGAUUUUGGACGGUAUCUUCGAAGUGUGCGGUGUGCCUGAAGAUAACAUUCGCCCCAUCUCCUCUGCCGUUGAUAAAUUAGACAAGCUUCCUUGGGAAGAUGUCAAGAAGGAAAUGACAGAAGAAAAGGGUUUGGCACCUGAAGUCGCGGACAAGAUUGGUGAAUACGUCAAGUUGAAGGGCGGUCGUGAUUUGUUGGAAAAGUUGUUCAAAGACGCGAUUUUGACCGGCAACAAGAGUGCUUCGGAGGGUUUGGCUGAUAUGGCUCUUUUGUUUGAUUUCUUGGAAGUGUUUGGUAUCAUGGACCUCAUGUCGUUUGAUCUGAGCUUGGCUCGUGGUCUCGAUUACUACACGGGCAUCAUUUACGAAGCCGUGACGGAAAAGUCGGCUCCUCCCAAGCUUGCUGAAGGCACCAAGCCCAAGACCAAGGAGGGCACCGAUGAGCUCGAUGAGUCCACCGUCGGAGUGGGUUCUAUUGCCGCAGGUGGUCGUUAUGACAAUUUGGUCGGCAUGUUUUCCGGUCGCAACAAGAAGGGUGAACCCAAUCUCAAGAUCCCUUGCGUCGGUGUUUCCAUUGGUGUCGAACGUGUGUUUUCGAUUCUCAUGGCCAAGCAAAAGGCCGAAGAUAUCAAGAGCAACGAAACCGAAGUGUACGUCAUUGCCGUCGGUGAUGGCCUGUUGAAGGAACGUAUGCAGAUCGCCAAGGAAUUGUGGGAAGCCGACAUCAAGGCUUCCUUCUUAUUCAAGAACAAGCCCAAAUUAGAUAAGCAAUGGGCGGCCUGUGAAAAGGAACACAUUCCCUUUGCCGUCAUUAUCGGUCGUGAUGAACUCGACAAGGGUGAAAUCCGUCUCAAGGACAUGCGAUCCAAGAAUGAAGCUCAAGGUGGUGGUGUUACCCUCCAACGCGCCGACAUGGUCAAGGAACUCAAGGCCCGACUUCAAACCAUGUAAUCCUACAUUCUUGCCUUCUUUUUCUUUUUUUUUCCUCCUCUUUUGCAUUUGCAUAUACUAUCGCUCAUACAGGUUCCCUUUUUUUUUCUAAUUAAAGAAAAAAGUGAAAAAGAUAUAGAAGCCGUUUAGAAAUGACCUUGUUAAUAGAAACUCUACAAGAUAUUUUGACGUUGGAUAUCUCUGUCUAUUUUAUUAAAUCGUUGAUAUUCCGCAAC